AGGGAGGGAGCCAUGGUUCAGCUGCUGCGCUGGGGCGCGCUGCUAAGAAGAAACUUCCCAAUUUGCCUGUCUUCCUGGAAAAAUCCUCCUCAUGUCCUAAAAUCUUCCCAGUCAGAAGCUGGACUCAAAACAACAAAUGCCCCUCUGCAAACAUUUACAGAUGAGGAGAUGAUGAUAAAGAGCACAGUUAAAAAAUUUGCCCAGGAACAAAUUGCUCCUUUGGUUUCAAAAAUGGAUGAAAAUUCAAAAAUGGAAAAAUCAGUAAUACGAGGAUUAUUUCAACAAGGGUUGAUGGGUAUUGAAAUUGACACAAAAUAUGGAGGAACAGGAGCUUCAUUUUUUCCCUCUGUCCUAGUGAUAGAGGAAUUAGCCAAAGUUGAUGCAUCUGUGGCUCUGGUGUGUGACAUCCAGAACACAGUAAUUAACAGGCUAAUUGGAAAAUACGGAACAGAAGAACAGAAGGCUAUCUAUUUGCCCAAGCUAGCUACGGAACAAAUGGGAAGUUUCUGCCUUUCAGAGGCUGGAGCAGGUAGCGAUUCAUUUGCUUUGAAGACCAAAGCUGAUAAAAAGGGAAAUUAUUAUGUCAUCAACGGGUCAAAGAUGUGGAUUAGCAACGCCAAGGAUGCCGGGCUCUUCAUGGUGAUGGCAAAAGUAGACCUUACUCUUGGGUAUAAAGGAAUUACCUGCUUCUUGGUAGAUCGUGAUACUGAGGGCCUUCAUAUAGGGAAACCAGAGAACAAAAUGGGAAUCAGAGCUUCUUCUACCUGCCCAUUAACAUUUGAAAAUGUCAAGGUUCCAGAAGCCAAUAUCCUGGGACAAAUUGGACAUGGCCAUAAGUACGCCAUAGGGGGUCUUAAUGAAAGUAGAAUAGGAAUUGCUGCACAGAUGCUGGGACUGGCUCAAGGAUGUUUUGACUACACUAUUCCAUAUAUUAAAGAAAGGGAACAAUGUGGCAAAACAAUAUUUGAUUUUCAAGGGCUCCAACACCAAGUGGCUCACAUGGCCACCCAGCUAGAAGCUGCAAGAUUACUCACAUACAACGCUGCAAGGCUUUUAGAAGCUGGAAGGCCAUUCAUUAAAGAAUCAUCUAUGGCCAAGUACUAUGCAUCAGAGAUUGCGGGCCUAAUAACUGGCAAAUGUAUCGAGUGGAUGGGAGGAGUAGGCUACACCAAAAAUUACCCUGUGGAAAAAUACUUCCGAGAUGCGAAGAUUGGUACAAUAUAUGAAGGAACUUCAAAUAUCCAGUUGAACACCAUUGCAAAGCGCAUAGAUUCAGAAUACUGACAGC